AUGUCUAAUGAGAAAUGGCAAUUUAAAUAAUCUUCAUUUAGAUAAAGUAAUAGCCCUUAAAAUCAUAUGUUAAUGGAUUCACCUAGAUUACUUUAAGCAAUCAAUAAUUAUUAAUUCUAAGAUUUCAUCAAAUCUCCUUAAAUCCUCUCUGACAUCUAUUCAUAAGAAAACAAUCAACCAUUUCUAAGUAGACAGAUCUCUUACCUUGAUUAAUUUGAUUAAGAAUCUUUUAUUCUUAAAUCAAGUAGAACAUUGAGUUAAGAAAAUGAAAAACAUGACUAAACUCAUGAUUAAAAAUUAUCCAACCAAAUAAUCUAAUGCUAGAAUAAUUAAAAUUGUUAAUAGCAUGUUGAUAAACAAUUAGAAUGUGUUAAUAGGCUUUAAAAAUAAAAGACUUAAGAAACACAAGCAUUUAAAUUUUAAAAGAAAAAUUCAAAUAAGUUCAGUGAAAAUACUUAAUAACCUUGUAAUUGCAAGAAUAGUGGAUGUCUCAAAAGAUAUUGUCGUUGUUUUCAUAGUGGAAGACUGUGUUUACCUGAAUGUCAGUGUUCAGAAGAAUGUUAGAAUAAUUAAUUUAAUAUAUAAGAAAGAAGCAAAGCUAUUGAAUAUGUGAAUCAAAAAUGUUAUAGAAAUAGAAAGAUUCCAAGAGAUACUCUAUUCAAAUUAGAUGUUAUAUAUGGAUGUUCUUGCACUAAAUCUAAAUGUAGAAAAAGAUAUUGCGAAUGCUUUUUAAGAAAUCUAAAUUGCACUCAAAACUGUAAGUGUUUUGAUUGUUGUAAUCACUCUAAUUUUAAUACAUCACAUUGA